AAAGGCCAGCUGAUCUGCUUUCAUCACAAAGAAUAAAGGCGAUGUUUCCUUGGAUCCUGAUGACUUCAUAUUCAUUGUUUCCAAAGGUUAUAAAAGCUGAAAGAGGAUUGCUGAUGUACUAGAAGCUACAAGCUAUGGAUGCAGAAUAUCCUUCUUUUGAAAAUCCUCUCUACAAGGAACUGAAAUAUUUCUACAAGAAGGUGAAAGGUGCCUACAUGGAUUUAAAGGAUGAACUGACUCCAUACAAAGAUGAUCGGUACUAUAGAAUAGCACCAAUGCGAUUAUAUACACUCUCCAAGAGACACUUUGUCCUCGUGUUCAUCGUGUUUUUCAUCUGUUUUGGACUUAUAGUUUUUAUCGGGAUAGCUGGUCCAGAAAUUAUUACAUCCAGAGCAUUGCCACCAAUUUCAUCCACAAAGAAAGGUAAUCUGAGUAGCCCAUUAAAACUGCAAACGCCAGGGUUGUCCACAUACAAUCAGGAGCUAUGGUUAACGUGUCAGUUUGAACAGAGUACAGAAGUGGAAUUCCGGAAAAAUAUUUCCAUGAUGGUUGCGAUAAGUGGAGUCAUGCAAGACACCAGUGUGCCAAACAUCAGGGUUCAACCUCAUAACCAUACUCGGUCUCUUCACUGUCCAAAUCGUCUCUGUGAUGAAAUAAUCGUGCUGCAUCUCGGUUACCUGAACUACACAGAAUAUGUGAUCACUGUCACUUUUUACAAUCUAGCAAACACUAAGUUUCCAAUAAAGGAUGUGAAUUUCACUCUGAAGAUGUAUAAUGCCUCAUUUUCACAAGUGGAGAUCUGGUUCCGAUUUAUCUUUGUAGUUUUCACUUUCAUGGUCACAUGCCUGUUCGCUCACUCUUUGAGGAAGUUUUCAAUGAGAGAUUGGGCGAUUGAACAGAAAUGGAUGUCCAUCUUACUGCCAUUGUUACUGCUUUAUAAUGACCCAUUCUUCCCACUCUCGUUUCUUGUAAACAGCUGGUUUCCAGGAAUGCUGGAUGAUCUAUUCCAAGCGAUCUUCCUCUGUGCCUUGCUGCUAUUUUGGCUUUGUGUUUACCAUGGAUUUCGUGUGCAGGGAGAGAGGAAGUUCUUAACUUUUUAUUUGCCUAAACUGUUAAUUGUUGGUCUCCUCUGGCUGGCUGCUGUGACAUUGGGAAUAUGGCAGACAGUUAAUGAGUUACAUGACCCAACAUAUCAAUAUAGAGUGGACACAAGCAACUUCCAGGGAAUGAAGAUUUUCUUUUUGAUCGUGGGUUCUUUGUAUAUACUCUACCUGGUUUUCCUGAUUGUGAGAGCUUGCUCUGAACUGAAAAAUAUGCCAUACUUUGAUCUCCGACUGAAAUUUUUGACUGGGUUAACGUUUAUUGUAUUGAUAAUAAGCAUCAUCAUAUUAUACCUGAGGUUUGGAGCAAAUGUCCUGCAAGAUAACUUUGUGGCUGAGCUUUCAACUCAUUAUCAGAACUCAGCUGAAUUUCUAUCUUUCUAUGGCCUGCUGAACUUCUAUCUGUAUACGUUGGCAUAUGUUUAUUCCCCCUCAAAGAAUGCUGUGUAUGAAUCCCAGCUAAAGGAUAAUCCAGCCUUUUCCAUGUUAAAUGAUUCUGAUGAUGACGUGAUUUACGGGAGUGAUUAUGAAGAGAUGCCUCUACAAAAUGGCCGUGCCAAUAAAUCAAAGUAUCAGGAUGAGUCUGAUAGUGAUUGAAGUACAUCUUCAGAGGACUAAUCGUUUCACCUUAUUAACUUAUGAGAAUGGACGAUGGAGCCAAAUUUUCUUUCAACUAUUUUUCAUGUUGGCAUCCUCUAGCUGAAGUCUCCCACUGGUAACUUAAUCUGUAAAUAUUUAACCACCUCAUUUUCCGAGCACCUCAUCUCAUUGUUCUGUCUUCAUCGGUACCUUCUGAUUGUGAGCAGAGGAAGGAGCAGAUCAUCGUGCUGAAGAUGAGCAUUUUUUCCUUUUUCAGGGGUAAAGGGAGUGUACAAUUUUAUCUGAAACCAAAUCAUGCAGCUUCUGAAACAUUAUGAACAAGUGUAAUGCCAUGAAUGUUCGUGUCAUGAGCUCAUUUUUAGAUUAGAUGCCAUAUACAGGAUGGUCGAAGCCCUGAGGUGGGGUAAUGAUGUAACUUUUUAAAGCAAAGCUUUGGAUGCUGCUUGUUAACACAUUUGAUGCUAUUUUAAAAUUAAAAAUGUCUUAGAAAUAAAUUGAGCUGUGGACCAGAGAUUGAAUUUCUAAGUCCAACUGUUAUAGCAUCAUAACAAUGCUUUACUUUAUAAAGUUAAAGCUACUUUCUAAACAAAAAAACUAGCAUUAAUGAGGAUUGUAAUUUCAAUCUCACGCUUUUACUUGUGUUACUGUUAAAUACUUUUGUUAAGUAAUAUCUAGUGCUACAAUUUGAGAGCCAAUAUCAGAAAGAAAAAAUUAGUUUAUUUGCUCUGAUCAUACCACUGCAGCAUUAUUGUUUACAGGUUCUUAUGCCACAGCAGUAAAAGUUAACCUCAGCUGCCUAUACCAGUCACUACAUGGAUACCUCUUUGGAAGUCUCUCUCAUCUUGGUUUGACUUGUUUUCUCUACAUUAUGAUAGUGUAUUUAAUACAACUUUAGGAAGUAUUAUUGCCAUAUAAAUCUAAAUUCCUUCCCUAAAUAAGGAAAAUAACCAUUUGUAACUAGUCUAUUCCCCUAUUGCUAGCUCUAUUUAUCCUAAUUCUAACCCUAGUCCAACCAAAGUAAAUCUAUGCUAUUUAUCUCCUAGAAGUAUCUAAGCUUUUGCUUGAUUGAAAAUUGCGGUAUUUACCAAUGUUCAGUUGCUUCUCUCUUCAAUAAACUUAUAAAAAAGCAGAAAAUAUUUAUUUUAGAAACACUUUAAAAACAAAACUGCAAACAAAUGAACAGCUAACUUGUUUCUUGCUGCUAUGAAUUGUGCUGAGAAUAAGAGCAGAAUCUCUCAUCUGGGAUAAUUGGAGUUGGGCAGGAAGAGAUUAGAAUUUAUGGCUGCAUUGGGGUACUAUAACACAGGGAUUUCUUCCUGAAAAUUGUAGUGUACACUGAGGAAGACUAACGACCCAGUUUCUGAUGUGGUUCUCCUGUGUUUUGAUUUGGAAGUUUAAUAGCUAAGAGGUGACUUGGGUGAAGGGGAGGGGACACUUCGACAUAAAAGAUCUAAAAUCUGGUUGUAGGUUGAAAGGGCAGGAGGGGCAGAAACCCCCUCCACGUUUACAUGUGAAUUGAGAAGCUGUGACCUGCAGGACUAUAGGCCCAGUGCUGAAAGGUGAGACUGGGCUGGGGAACUCUUACUUGACCAGAACAACACAAUGGGCCAAAUGGAUGCCUCCUGCAUUGGACAUUUUCUGUGAUUCAUCAGGAAGAUGAUCCUUGGAAGAACUGUUGUUACUGGGUAUCUAGAUCACAUUUAAAUGUAACAUGGAGCCAGAUUCUUUGGAAUGGGCUGCAGAGUUUUCCAUUGCUCCUUCAGCCUUUCAUUUUAAGAUGUUUAUGUAAAAAUAAGUCAUUUUAUCCACAAAUCAAUCAAUUCAUCCAGCUCAAUAAAAGACAAACACUCACCACAUUUAAACAGUAUUCUGAUAGUCUGUCAUUGAGGAGACACAGCAUUGAGCUCCCUCUUCUAGGUCAGUUCUAAAGAACCAAAGUUCAUCUUUCAUAUAAUUAGUGCCCAGUAACUUCCCACUGGAACAAAGGUGAAUAACAAUAAACAUCACUAAUGAUCCUUUUACUGAAGACAUCUGCAGGGCCAAUGUUGCAGAGCCAGUUGUCAGUUGUGUGGACAAAAAUACACCCACAUUGUGUUGGGGAGGCCAACGUGGAUUUUGAUUUAAAGCAAUUGAUGAAGAAACAGGCUUGAUGAGGGAAAUGAGGUUGAUAUGAUGUAUAUUUGGAAUUUGAAAAGGUGUUUGAUAAAGUAUCACAUAUAGGAUUGUGAUUAAGAUUUGAAGGCUGUGGAUAAAAGGGGCUGCACUAGCAGCAUGGAUAGAAAGUUGAAAACGGCUGUCGUGCCUUUCCAAAGUUGGUAAUGAUGUGAACCUGGGUGUACAGAACACAUCUUCCAAAUGUGCAGAUAACCUGAAGGUGCCUUGAACCCUGAGGGGGACAGUAAUAAGCUUCAAGGAGUUGCAGACUGGCUGCUGAAGUGGUGGAGAGGUGACAAAUGGAACUUAUUACUGAGAAAUAUUAAAUGAUAUUGUGGUUGGAAAAACGAGAAGAGGUAUUAUAAACGAGGGGGCACAAUUCUAAAAGGGGACAAGAUCAGAGAGGUGUGCAUAAUUAAUUUAAAAUGGUAGUGCAGGUUGAGAAGUGAUUUAAAAAGUGUACAGAAUCUUGGGUUUUAUAAAUAGAAGCAGAAUAGAAGGGCAAGGAAGUCUUAAUGAACCUUGAUAAAACUGGGUUGGCUACAGCUGGAGUGUUGUGUCCAGUUCUUGGUACCACACUCUAGGAGAGAUAUUAAAGGCUUUGGAGAGGGUGCGCAGGAGGUUUACUCAAAUGAUUCCAGGGAUGAGGGCUUUAGUUCUGUGGAUAGACUGGAGGAGCUGAGGUGGUUCUUCUUGGAACAGAGGAGAUAGCAGAGGAUCUAAUAAAGGUAUUUAAAAUCAUGAAAGGUCUAGCCUGACUACAUAAAGAGAGACUAUUCCCAUUGGAGGAAGGUUCAAGAACUGGGGACAAAAGAACCAAAAGAUACAUCAGGACUUUUUUGUUAUAUGCAUUGAGUGAUUGAGAUCUGGAAUGCACUGCCAGGGAGGGUAACAAGGCAGGGUCAGUUGUAGAGUCCAAAAGGAAUCUGGAUGAGUGUCUGAAAGGAUAGAAUUUGUGAUGGACCAACUCCUGUACCAUAACCAUUCUGUGAUUCUGCACACAGCAAUGACUUAAAAUCACUGAAUGUGUUGUAGUGACACUAACUAAAGGAGGUAUGACCAAGACAGCAGUACUAGAGAAACAAAGGACUGCAGAUGCUGGAAUCUGGAUGAAAAAUAUGAUGCUGAGGAACUCAGCAGGCCAGGCAACAUCCAUGGAGAAAAGCAGGCAGUCAACACUUCGAGCCAGGACCCCUCUUCAGGACCAAAGACAGGAAAUGGGGAAGCCCAAUAUAUAAGAGGGAAAAGUGAUAGGUGGACAAAAGAGGGGAGGUGGGUUGGGCACAAGGUGGUGAUUGGUGGAUGUGGGGGAGCAGGGGAGAGUAGAUCCACCAGGGGAUUGGUCAAAGGUUAAGGAGAGAAAGGAACUAAAGGGGGGUAGAUAGAAGAGAGAGGCUAGAAAAGGGAAGAAGAGAAGAAGCAUGGUGUGGGGGGAGGGAUUAUUUAAAGUGGGAGAAUUCAGCGAGAAUUCCUGUUCUCACUGAAUCAUUCUGUAUUCUACUUCAAGGAUUCAGCUACAAGUAAUAAUUCUAAAUGAAGCAGAACUCCCUCAAUUAUACUGAGUUGGCUAUGGGGUGAAGGUUCAAACUACAAUUGACUGAGGUGAGGGUGCUGCCAUUUGGUGAAUCACUGUUGAUUAAAUUAGUCUCAAAUGAUACAAUGGUAAUCAACAUAUCCAUUGUUAAAGUACAAUGUAAAGAGAGAUCAGCACUGAUUGAGACAGAGCAGAAAUAACAAUAUCUUGGGAACCUGUUAUACUUGCUGAGACCUUCAUUCCCUCCUUAUACUAGCAAUUCUGGUUAUUGGUCCCUGCUUUUAAACCUUUCCUCUUACUCCUCAGUCACUGUAGUAAUGACAGCCACCAGAGCUUUUCAAUGUGAUCAUCUUAAAGUUAAAAACUUAACUUCUGAGGCCAAAACAUAUUUUGCACAGUCCACAAAACAAAAUUUGAUAAUGCCCCGACUAUAAUUUUUUAAAUAUGCUCUCCAUAGUUUUUAGCACUGUUUUCAAUGAAUUAAUGGUGUUUUACUGUUUAAUUUCAUUGUUUGUAUGGUUGCAAAAAAUAAACUGAAGUUGAUAUUUAUAAUAGAUCAUAAUACCAAUGUACAUCAGCUGGAUCUGUAAGUAUUCCGAUGUCAAUAUACAAAUCUGUGGAGAUAUUCUAAUUAGAUUAAAAUAACUCAUUUUAAAGCUAAGCAUGGUUUUAUUGAUUUAAUGGUCAAGUGUGGAUUAUAUAAGAAAUUGUUAUGAAUUAAAUGACAAUUAUAAAAAUUAAUUUUCUGUGCUUUUUUAAACAGUAUUAACUGAUGAUGACUGAGGUCAUGCUAUG